AUGACCAUCGACAUCCGCCCAUUGACACCUCCAGGCUCCGAUAUCAAAUUCGGUGCGGUAGUCGACAACGUCGACCUCGAGAACCUCACCGACGCCACCUUCAACACGAUCCACGACGCACUAUACAAAAACCUCGUCCUCGUCUUUAAGAACCAACACCACCUCACUCCCAAAGCUCAAUAUGCCUUAACCCAGCGCUUCGACCCAUCAUCCACCUCCUACGGACACGGCAAGACCCUCGACAGCAAGCGGAGCAUCCUGCAUCCAGAUCUGAAGACCGUCCCGCACCAGCCGCAGGUCCAAAUCAUCGGACAUGGACAUAUCGACUCCUAUGAGGGAUUGGAAAAAAUUCAGCUGAAACACCCGCACCAUCGAACUUUUCAUCGGGAUCCGAUUCCCCCAGAAGACGAUCAUGAUUUCACGCGGUUCUAUCGGUGGCAUAUCGAUGCUGCGCUGUACGAUCUCUACCCGCCGAAGGUAACCACAUUACUGGCAGUGCAGGUCCCCAAGGGACGACGACAGACACUCCGCUACGACGACGGAACGGGUGAUAUACUAGACGUACCACUCGGUACGACGGCGUUUGUCAGCGGUGAGACGAUGUAUAACCGGCUUUCCGAGGAAGAGAAGGAGUUUGUGCGGACGAGUAAGAUUGAAUAUGCGCCGCAUCCAUACAUCUGGAUGAGCCCCGCCCGCGCUCUCCCCACCGGUCUAGGCCUUCACUCCGAAGGCCUCGAACUUUCCGACUCCGAAUUGCCCCCCAUCGAUCCCUCCAAAAUCAUGACACUACCAAUGAUCUGGAAGAACCCCGUUACCGGAAACCCAGCACUACAAAUCCACCCUUCCGCCGUGCGGAAGAUCCACCGUGACGACGGGACGGUGAUCGACGACCUGAAAAAGGUGCGAGAGAUUGUAUAUAAUCUGCAGAGGCCGGCUAUUUCGCCGCGGUACGUGUAUGCGCAUGAUUGGGAGGAGGGGGAUUUGGUGCUGUUUAAUAAUCGGGGUGUGUUGCAUUCGGUUGUUGGGGCUUUUGGGGAUGGGGAGGUUAGGUUGUUUAGGCAGUGUAAUUUGGCUGCGUCGGAGGGUGUUGAGUAG